AUGCGCUAUCCGUUUCCGAGCCUGAGGUCAACCGUUUGGAGCUCGUCAUUGGUAAAGGUGCUAGAGUUACUGAGACUUAAACAAGGCAAAAGAUCUCUGCUCUGGAUCAAAGGGGGACCAGGAAAAGGCAAAACUAUGCUCUCAAUCUUUCUGGCGGAAGACCUUGAGCUGCUAUUAUCGAAUGAACAAAUAAAACAAGUCGCGUACUAUUUCUGCAUUCGUAACAAACGGCCAGAGAUUGCUAAACACGCCUUCCCAUAUCUCGAGUUACCUGAGCGAAGAGCUGAUACUUUGUGUUCCUUGGCAUCUCUCUGGAUAAUCUUACAAAAGAUCAUUGCUGACGCGGCACUGGGCCACCUGUUUUGCAUAGUGGAUGGGUUUGAUGAGUGUGACGAGGACACGCAAAGAUUUCUUAUCCCGAGAUUCGUGGACCAACUUGGUUCCCAAACCUCGCCAAAUCGGCCAGAGAAUCUUCCCAAGUUCCUCAUCGUGAGCCGCGAAAUAGAGCGAUUGGAAUGCUGCAACAAGGGGGAUCUCGACGAAGACCAUGUUAGCAAUGGUGGUGGCGGGGAUGUUGAACUAUUGAUUGGCGAAAAAGUGGAUGAGCUGUUUCACAGAAAGAGAUUAGACAACGCGUUCCGCCCAACAGUAUAG